AGUAAACACACAGGUAGAUUCCAGGUACAUUGUUUACAUGAAUGGACAAUCCCCAUAUCUACUGAUCAACUAAGCGUUGUUUGGACAUGAGGUCACCGGUGUGGAUACCGUAUUUAGAACUUUAAUUUUAAGAAGUACUAUAUUUUGAAUUGACCUCGAAUUCAGUUGAAAAAAAACGUUUAUUUACGUCUCCAGUGAGAUCUAAACAAGAGAAAACACGGAUAAACCAAAUGGUGAACUUCACAUCUUUACCAGAGAUGUCUGGCCCUAACUCUACUCAAUCACCACUUCCAAACGUAACAGAGCCAACAGAACAUAUCGUAUCCGACGAAGAUAUCUAUGGUUUCUGGAUUGGCUUUAGUUUAGCCGUCAUCUCAAACGCAUUCAUUGGCAGCAGUUUUAUCUUUAAGAAACGUGGAUUAAUUCGAAUCGCAAAAAAGAGAGGAACACGAGCCGAUCAAGGUGGAUAUGGUUAUCUGAAAGAAUGGCUGUGGUGGCUCGGAAUGUUCCUUAUGAUUUUCGGAGAAAUACUCAAUUUUGUUGCCUACGCAUUUGCCCCAGCGACAUUGGUUACACCUCUGGGUGCUCUGAGUGUUAUUGUGGCAGCUGUUAUGUCCUCAAUGUUUCUGAAAGAAAGACUCAAUAUAAUAGGUAAAGUGAGUUGUGGAUUGUGUGUGAUCGGAUCAACUGUCAUGGUGAUGCAUUCUCCCAAAGAAACCAAAGUUCACACAAUGGAUGAAAUGUUAGAGAAAGUUCAAGAGCCAGGUUUCAUCGUAUUUUGUCUGCUACUUUUGGUAAUAUCAAUGGUUUUCAUGAUAUAUCUAGCACCUCGAUAUGGAAGUAAAUCUGUGAUGAUUUACGUCACAAUCUGCGCAACUCUCGGCGCUUUUACUGUGAUGGGUUGUAAAGGAAUGGGUGUAGCCGUUACACAGACAAUAAAAGGGGACCAGCAAUUCACGAACUGGUUUACUUAUCUAAUGCUUGCAAUAGUGAUCACGUGUAUAUUAGUACAGUUAAAUUUCCUUAAUCGUGCUUUAGAUAUAUUUAACACUGCGGUAGUGACUCCAAUUUAUUACGUUCUUUUUACGUCAUGUGUAGUAUCUUUAUCAGCCGUUUUGUUCAAAGACUUUUUCUACAUGGAUUGGAAGGAUAUAUUAUCUUUCUUCUUAGGUUUUAUCACUGUAGUGGGUGGAAUCUUUCUACUCAAUGCCUUUAAAUACAUGAACAUAUCCCUGAAAAAUCUACCCAAAGCACACAAAAAGGACACGGAUAAGCAGGAUGAAAACGCCAACGUGUCAGUCAAUGGUGAUAUCAUGAGUCACACAGACGACGAGGAGGAUGCCGACACUUACCAAAGACUUGCAAAUAGUCAUAGUGUGGCCAGCAUGGACCAUAUUGAAUUUGAAAUUGAUACAAAUCUGAAGAGACAAACAAGGAUCCUAAGUGAAUGAGAAAAAUUAAGACUAGUCGAGCUGUCCUUGUAAUGAUACCAAAGAGAUUAAUGCGGUUCCUGAAUGAGAAAAAGUAUGAAUAAUCGAGGUGUCCUUUUAAUGUUUCAAUUCUAAAGAGAUAAAUGUUGAUCUUAAUUGAAUGAAAAAAAGUAUGACCAGUCGAGUUGUUCUUGUAAACCAUGACAUCGAUGCCUUGUCAGGACUAGAAAAGGAAUAUGGUCUUGUUUGCUUUAUAAUCUCUAAAUCAAUCUUUCCGAAGGCUUAUUUGAACGCUAGCCAACUUUUUUUCCGAAAUAACAAUCCAAGGGAAAAAAAUCCGAAUUGAGUUUGAAUAAAAUGAUCUCAUCAAAAGGCAAAUUAUCAGGGAAAAUGCAUUUUUAUGAAAACAUAAAACUUUGGUGUACCUCUGUUUUGCUGAAAUAACAGAAUGUGACACACUGGUGAAAAGAAUAUUGAAUGAAUUUUUAUAGUCCCUCUUGUACAGUAUGCUAUAAGCAUCAAAAUAUUAGAUACAAUAAGAGACUUUGUUAUAAGACAAUCAUGUUGCAAGAUUUGUUAUAUUUACAGAGACCGUACUUUUUAUUUUUUAUAUUCUUUUAUUUCUUUUUGUUGUUCUUGUAAUUUUAUGUUGUAUUACAUUGUUUUAAUUCCAUUAUCCCAAAUUCUGACCUUUUCCGGGUGUUUUGAUACAUGCUAUUUGAAUCGAUCCAAUAACUAUGUCUUAUGUUUUUAUGUAAGAAAAUCUGUUGUUAAUGUUUAAUUGAUUACAAAACUGUUACAAAAAUAAAUUGGACAUUAAAGAAAAUGUUUCAUUGUCUCAAGAACAAUAUUUCCAUUUUAAAAUUUAGUUUUUACCUACAUGUUAUAUUAAAAAAGAACUGAAAUGGCUUAGAGUAUACUAAAAAGAUAAAAUCUGGGGCACAGUAGCCCAAUUCAUAUAAAUUGCCAUUGCACCCUACAUAUGAGCAACAUUAUUCGAAACUGCGUCCUCACAUUCGACCAUUAUUUUGGCAAAACAUAUUGGUUGAGUUUAUGGUGUAAUCCCUUCCGGGUCAUCCAGACUAAUGUCGUUGUAAGAAACUAACAUUUUUCUUACUAACUAGCUUGAUUUUAUUUAUUUUUUUAGAUACAUUUUUAUAGUAUUUUUACACGAGUCAGAAUGUAUAUUGGAUAUGUUUCUACAUACAAUUCACCAAAACUUGCAAACAUAUGAAUUUUUUCUUAUUUUAUUACAAACCAUUCCGUUAUCUUUUUGAAUGCAUUUAUGUAAAUUUAAGAUUAUAUUAAACAUAUGAACGGGUUUUAUUUUUAGUUUACAUAGCAAUAUUACAUCAUACCUUUUUUACGCAUUGAUAUAUAUUUAUUUUUAUUUGUUAUGACUUUUAAGUUCACCUUUUAUACAACAAGCAUUCUACUUAUUCUAACCACAAGAAAACCGUUUUUAACUAGUAAGACAUAAGACACCAAACAUUUAUCUUUUGUGUGGGGAUUACGUUUUUUCUUGUCUGGACAAAUUUUUGUUUUCGGUUUUAAUAAAAAUAACAAACUUUUUUCAUUUAUCUACAGGAACAGAAAUGUAAAUGUUGUAUUUAAAUUUCCUCCCUAAUUUUAAUAGAAAUAAGCUAUUUUUUUCACUUCCCUUCACGAAAUUUAGAAUCAAACAAAAUAUUGAAAAAAAAAACAACAAAAAAACAUCCCUCUCCCCAAAUCCACCCACAAAUAAACACAGUUAAGAUAAAUGGUCGGUGCCUUAGUCAGUUAAAACAUGAAAAGACAAAUUUACAGUUUUUAAUGAAACCCAAGCACCAUUACUUGAAAGAUCAUUUUAAAGGUAUUUGAAUGGUUGCUGGUAUAUUUAUAAACUUCUGAAAGUCCCAUAAUUACUUUUGUGUGAAGGACGUUAUGGGUAUUGUUUUGAACUAAAAAAGGAUAUUUUUUUUUCUGUUGUAAACAGACAUAUAUUUAUUCUGUGACUUCUAUUAGAAAUUUAUUUGUUUCAAUUUUAUUUUGAUAUUAGUAUAUACAAUUAAAAGGGUAAUUAAUAUUA